AGCCAGCAGCCAUGGCUACGUCAACUCAUCCAAUAAUUUCAUGCACCAACGUUUCCUUCUCCACCAAGUCAUCGUCUUCUCCCGGUAACUUUUCCAGACGACCUUCCCAGAUCUUUCUCAACCCUAACCCCAGGAGCGCAGCAAGACGUGGUGACGUCAUCAAGAUCCGGUGCGCAGCCUCGCCGGAGGGGCGUGAAAACCCGGACAGAAGCCUCUCUGAGGCGAAACUUGACCGGAGAAAUGUCCUUCUGGGCCUCGGCGGUCUCUACGGCGCUUACAACUUGGGCGGUGGCUCCAACCCCUUUGCCCUGGCUGACCCUGUGCCCAUCCCUGACGUUUCCCACUGCGACCUUUCUACCAUUUCUUCGGAUAAGACCAAGAAAUGUAAAGUGCCAUACCGUUGUUGCCCUCCCAUCACGGAUACUACUGGUGUUGAGUACUAUAAGAUCCCCAGUUUUUCCAAGCUUAAUGUGAGGCCAGCAGCUCACGCCGUAGACGACGUCUACUUGGAGAAGUACAAGGCCGCCAUUAAGAAAAUGAAGGAACUUCCCCCCAGUGAUCCCCGAAGCUUCGACAAUCAAGCUAAGGUCCACUGCGCUUACUGCAAUGGCGCUUAUCAACUCGCCGGCGAGACCUAUCAGAUCCACUUCAACUGGCUCUUCUUCCCUUUUCACAGAUGGUAUUUGUACUUCUACGAAAGGAUCUUGCAAAGCCUGAUAGACGACCCAACAUUCACGUUGCCGUACUGGAACUGGGACAAUCCACAGGGCAUGAUCCUCCCGGAGAUGUUCGACGACUCGUCGUCGUCGCCGCUUUACGACCAGUACCGCAACCAGCACCACCGCAAGGGAUACGUGAUGGAUCUAGCAUACUCCGGCGACGAAAUCUCCGACUCCGUGAGCGACUUCCGUAAGAUGAACAACAAUCUUGCGAUUAUGCACCGGCAAAUGUUAACGAACGCGCCGUGUACGUUGCUCUUCUUUGGCAAGCCUCUUCGCGCUGAUAAUGAGCAGGUGGACAAUACCGGCAUGGGGACCAUCGAGAACAUCCCGCACAACUCUAUCCACCGAUGA